GUGAGUAUAUGUGAGACAGACCAAAAGAAAGCCAAGAAAAUAGUUCUUUGGUAGCAUCUAUCCCAGAGGAUUACGGGUAACCAGAUACAGCAACUGGGCAGUGGUGGAGGAUUCUGGGAGCUUAUUUUGUUGUGUGCAAGAGGCCUUUAGUCUACCUUACCUUACCUGGCUGAGAGAGACACAAGCACAGCCUCGCAAAGGACAAACAGUGGAAGAGGAAGUAUAGAAGAUGAGAUAGAAGAUCAAAGAGUGGAGAAGAAAAAGCUCAGUGCAAGAGUCUCUCCCAUUUCCCUCUUUUUUCCUUCACACUCUCUCUCUCUCUCUUUAUCUAUCUUGCUUCUCUUCCUCCCCCUUGUCUUUCUCAGUAUGAGGCUGAAGGAAGAUGUGAACCCUUUGGUUUUUGUCUUGUUUAGAGUGGUAGUAUGGCUUUACUCUCUGCUGACUUACGUGCCAGCUUUGCUGCUGGGCUCUUCCAGCUCAGGCUCCUUAAGCCACCCCUCACAGCGGGUAAAGGCACGCUCGGUGAGUGGCCGUCCAGCUGGGCCCUACCGGGAUGUGGCAGCUCUGGACAGACUAACCACAUGCCUGCAGCCGGGUGUGAACACCUUGGACAGGGUGUUUGAAAUUUCAGCUGAGCGCUUCUCCAAGCAGGACUUCCUGGGGACCAGACAGGUGCUGCGUGAGGAGGAGGAGAGGCAGGAGAAUGGGAGAAUGUUCAAGAAGGUGAUACUGGGAGAGUAUCUGUGGUUGUCGUAUGGGCAAGCAUAUAGAGCAGCAAGGGAGUUUGGGAGUGGAUUACUUGCUUUGGGGCAGAAGCCCUGCAAAAACACUGCCAUCUUCUGCGAAACCAGAACAGAGUGGAUCAUAGCUGCCCAGGCAUGCUUCAUGUACAACUUCCCAUUGGUGACUUUCUACUCUACCCUUGGUGGUCCAGCAAUUGCACAUGGACUCAAUCAGACUGAAGUUUCCCAUAUCAUCACCAGUAAAGAGCUUCUGGAGACCAAACUCAAGUUGAUUCUAAUGGAAGUGCCGAGACUCCAGCAUAUUAUAGUUGUCGAUGACAAGCCCACAUCCUGGCCAGGUUAUCCACGAGGCAUCAGUGUACACAGCAUGGCUACUGUACAGGCACUUGGAGCCAAGCCUGAAAAUGUCUCCAGACAGAGGCGGUCUCCUGGUCCUGGUGACGUUGCUGUGAUUAUGUACACCAGUGGCUCUACAGGGGUUCCCAAGGGUGUCAUGAUUUCCCAUAGCAACCUCAUUGCGAGCAUUGCUGGAAUGGCAGAGAGAAUCCCUGACCUUGGUGUGAAUGAUACAUACAUUGCAUACCUACCUUUGGCACAUGUCCUGGAGCUCAGUGCAGAAAUGGUGUGUGUGGCUUAUGGCUGUAGAAUUGGAUACUCCUCACCCCAAACACUUGCGGACCAGUCUACGAAGAUUAAGAAGGGAAGUAAAGGAGACAGCUCUGUUCUACAGCCCACAUUAAUGGCAGCUGUACCGGAGAUCAUGGAUCGUGUCUAUAAGAAUGUGAUGCUGAAAGUGGAGGAGAUGGGUGUAGUGCAGAAAACUCUUUUUAUACUGGCCUACAACUAUAAGAUGGAGCAGCUGGCUAAAGGCAGUAGCACUCCACUUUGUGACAAGCUGGUUUUCCAGAAGGUGCGAGCGUUGCUGGGUGGGCGAACACGGGUUUUGUUGUCAGGUGGUGCACCUCUGUCAGCGGCAACACAACGUUUUAUGAAUAUCUGCUUAUGCUGCCCUGUGGGCCAGGGCUAUGGCCUGACUGAAACCUGUGGAGCUGGAACCAUCAGUCAGCUUUGGGACUACAGCACGGGGAGGGUAGGAGCUCCUCUGGUCUGCUGUGAGAUCCAACUGAAAGACUGGGUUGAGGGUGGUUACCGGAGCACAGAUAAGCCCUGUCCACGUGGGGAGAUUCUGAUUGGUGGGCCCAGUGUAACCGUGUACUAUAAGAAUGAAACAAUGAAUCGAGAAAAUUUCUUUGUGGAUAAGAAUGGCCAGCGGUGGUUCUGCACUGGAGACAUUGGCGAGUUCCAAGCAGAUGGCUGCCUCAAGAUCAUUGACCGUAAAAAGGAUCUGGUGAAGUUGCAGGCAGGGGAGUAUGUGUCUCUGGGGAAAGUGGAAGCCAUGCUGAAAAACUGUCCUCUUGUUGACAACAUCUGUGCUUAUGCCAACAGUGAUGAGUCAUAUGUAAUCGGCUUUGUGGUGCCCAAUCAGAAACAGCUAUUAUCAUUGGCAGAGAAGCGGGGCAUCUGUGGCACGUGGCUGGAGAUCUGCAGUAACCCUGUAAUGGAGGAGGAGGUGCUAAAGAUCAUCAAUGACACAGCACUGACAGCCCAGCUGGAGAGGUUCGAGAUCCCACAAAAAAUCUGUUUGAGCUCAGAGCCAUGGACUCCAGAGACGGGCCUUGUAACUGAUGCUUUUAAACUCAAGCGGAAAGAGAUAAAAUCACACUACCAGCACGAUAUUGAGAGGAUGUAUGGAAACAUGUGAAUUCAGAUCAAAACUAAGCUAGAUCUGAAACGUAAAUGGGCCUUGAUGGUCACAGUUAGAAUCUUUUAUUAUGAUAGCAUCCCAGCCACAAUCAGAGAUAUCUGGCCUCUGCGAUCAAGACAUUUAUCAUCUUUCAAUUUUCCAACACACAUGGCUGACAAAAAUAUACUUGUAAGGAACUACAAGUUGUAACAAAAGCUUCCAACAAGAUUCUGUUAUUAUUUGUAAAACUUCCUGGUUUGUUUGUAAAUUCUGUAAAAAUGCUAUGCAUUGUAGCCAGAAUACAUACUGUACAUUUAGUAAAGAAUGCACAAUAACUGUUCUAAAAAGAUGUCUCAAACAUUCACACACAAAAGCUAAAUAACUUGUGGUAACAUACUGUACAUUUAGUAAAGAACGCACAAUAACUGUUCUAAAAAGAUGUCUCAAACAUUCACACACAAAAGCUAAAUAACUUGUGGUAACACUUUGGACCCAACCAGAGACCAAUUACUCACAACAUGUAACCCCUUUUCUUCACACUGGGGACCUUUUAUACCAGCCUGAAUUACUCAUAUAAAUUGUUGAAUUUUUUUCCUUCAUCCACAUCUUGAAAUUGUGUUUUCUUUAUAUCCAUAUGUGGCCUUUGGCUGAGAUCAAAUUUGUAUACUGUCAUGAUUCUUUAGCUGAUUCUCAUUCCCAUGUCAUCAUGCAUACAUCUUCAACAGCUGAUCUUUCUUCCUGCUAGAUAUGUGAUGGCACGCUUCUACUAAAAUCAGAGACUGGGAAAAGUAUGCAGUUUACAUGUUCAGUUUACAUGUUUUACUUUAUAUAUUUAAAAUGAUGCAAAUCUCAAAGUAUCCAUCAAAACAUUCCUGCUGACUGAUUGCUUUCUUUUGCUGAUUGGUUAAAAUAAAGAAAAUACACUAUAUGGCCAAAAGUAUGUUAAGUGCCUUAACAUCUCACUUACAUGAGCUUGUUGAACCCCUCCUUUGCAGCUACAACAGCCUCUAUUCUUCUGGGAAGGCUUUCCACUACAUUUUGGAGUGUGUGUGCCUGAAAGUUUGGGGAAUUACCGAUUCAAAAAUAACUGGAAAGGGCCUUCCUAAAACUGUUGUCACAAAAGUGGAAGCAUAUAUAGAGACCAACUUUUACUGGGCUCACAGAUAGUGAAGCAAGAUUCAUCACUCCAGAGAACACAUUUAAUUUGCUCAGAGUUGUGUGGUUUGUCUGAAGCUGUUUAGCCAUGGAAACCCAUUUCACAAAGAUUGUGCUGAUGUGGUUUCCAGAGGCAGUUUGGAACUUUGUAGUCAGCGAUGCAACAGACGUCAGAUUAUUUUUACAUGUCACGUGCAUCAACACUCAGCUCUGUGGGCUUGUGUGAUCUACCCCUUUGUGGCUGCACUGUUGUUGCUCCUAGCCACCAUUUUACAAUAGUAGCACUUGCAGUUGACUGGGGCAGGCCUAGCAGGGCAGGAAUUUCACAAACUGACUUGUGGCAAAAGUGGCAUCCAAUGAAAGUACUAUUAUUUUUAAAAGUCAGUGAGCUUUCAGUACAACUAAUUCUACUGCCAGUGUUUAUCUGUGGAGAUUGCAUGGCUUUGUGCUUGAUUUUAUACAGCUGUUAGCAAUAGGUGUGGUUAAAACACUUGAACUCAAAGGGCACUUUUUAUGCUUCAAAACUCUAUAAAAAUUUCCUUUUUUGCUGUAUUUUUUGUUGUAAUUUUUUGCUGUAUUUUUCUAAAAUGUACAGCAUUUUUUUUUGCAAAAAAUUUUUAAGGGAAUGUAUAAAUGGUGUUUAAAAGCUUGUGUCAAUUAAUUUUCUAGCAAGAAAUACAUAUAUUUAUGAAAUGCUCUUAGAACCUUUCAAAUAAAUAACAAAAAUCCAAA